CUCAGACUAUAAGUAGUGUGAAUUUAUAUACUGCGACUACGACUGAUGGUAUGCUCUGAAUGGACAGGAACCCUAAUAAAAUUCCUCAAAGACCAGUUACCAAAACUAUUCGAAUAUUACAACCAUGGUUUGCUCGACAAAGACAAAGGCGACAAAGAAAAGGAAAAGGACAAGACCGGCAGUUCGACUCCAAAUCAUGUUUCUUCGAAUCAUGUUCCCAAUAUGACUCCACCGAGCAUGCCAUCGCCUGCUUUACCAACCACAACCCCUGAAGAUCACAAAACGUCCCUAAAACAAUGGAACUACUGUGUACAACUUGCAAAAUAUUUGUACGAAGAAGGUUUACUCGAUCGCCAGGAAUUUUUAAAUUGGAUUUUAGAACUUUUAGACAAAAUGAGAUCCCAUCCAUCGGACGAUGGAAUUCUAAAACUAUUUUUGCCCCUGGCUUUGCAAUAUCUAUCGGAAUUUGUGCAAUCGGAGAUUUUAUGCAGACGUUUGGCAUACGCUUGCACCAAGAAAUUAGCUUACAUGUGUAAUAAUAUUUCGGAAAGCACUUUGUUGGCGGUGAAUGAAAAUAAACAAGACGGGAAGGAAGAUGGUAAAAAUUCGAAUGUUAAUCCUAUACAAAUGACGUUUACGGAGUAUUUGAAUUGUCCACAUCAUCGGGAUUUGAUUUUGCAGUUGAGCAGCAUAAUUCAGGUAAUCUCCAUCGAAUGUCCAACUGCCCUAGUUUGGUGUGGCAUCGGAGAACCAAAAACCAACUCCAUUCUACACGGAAGCCCAUUGGACAUACUACCAGUCAGUCCUUCUCUAUUACCGAUGCCUACAAAGACACCAAUAAGCAAUGCCAGUCUACGACAAACUUUAAGACAAGCCGAAGAGGCAAUCAGGCAAAGAUCCAGGCAAGCGGAAGGUCGAUGGUGCUCUGACAAAUGGCAGACUAGUUCUGCAGGAACAACCACGAGCAAAAUUCUCAGCACUUUGGAUGCUUUAGACAGACACAAUUUUGAGAAGAUGGACACUACAAAUUCUUUAGACACGUUAUAUGCAAAAAUAUUUACACCGUUCAAGGAUAACACUGAAAACACUUCUAAAGAAAACAGGAUGGAAUAUAAUCCAGAACAAGAUUCAGCUGUCGUGUCAAUUUUGUGUGAGUGGGCAGUUUCCUGCGAACGAUGGGGAGAGCAUCGAGCCAUGGCUGUUGCUUGGUUGCUCGAUAAAAGACAGAGCGAUAUUACACAAAGUGAUAAUGAUAAUUAUAACAAUAUGAGUGGUAAUUCAGACGACAAAGACUCUGUCAGUUCUGGUGCAGGUGUUCCUGGUGGUGUACCGAUAUUUCAAUCACUUUUGAUGAAUUUUUUAGAUAAUGAUGCUCCUAUAUUAGAAGACCCUCCAACUGCUGCCAAUAGGACCCAAUUCACUAAUUUAGUUCAUCUAUUUUCUGAACUAAUAAGGCACGAUGUAUUCUCUCAUGACGCUUACAUGUGUACUCUUAUAUCUCGAGGAGAUUUAUUAACUGGAGGAGUCCAGAAUGGAGCAAUUAAUAAUGGAUGUGCUCCUGCACCUCAUUCUAAUAAACCUGCCACGCCAGCCAAUCAAAGUUUAGAAGACGAUCUUUUUGGAGGAAUUGAACUUAAACCAAAAUUAGAGGAUCAUCCGAGAAUGGAUUAUGACGAUUCAAAAAUUGACGCAGAUUUAGAUAAAUUAUUACAACAUAUCAAAGAAGACCAAUCGAUGGACGUUGCCGAUAGUCCGAAAGAUACAGAUCAUAAUAACAGUUACCCUCAUAUAACUUCCAUGGAUUCCGAAGGUUGUCCAUCGAGACACCUUUUAUACACAACACAUUUUCCGCUAAUUCAAGACGAUUCUGGUUCCCAACACGAUUGUAAUCAGAGGCAUAUUUUAUUAUAUGGUGUCGGAAAAAUUAGAGACGAGGCCAGGCAUACUGUUAAGAAAAUGGCUAAAGAAAUUUGCAAACUAUUCUCGAAGAAAUUCUCAAUCGACGUGGCUGAAGGCGGUAAAGUGAAAAAACAUUCCAGAAAUGAAUUCAACUUUGAAGCUACCACACAAAAGUGCCAAAAUUUAUCAUUUUUUGAUCAACAUGUCGUCACUUGGCAAUGUUCGCAGACUGUUAUGGAAAUGCUGAACAGUUUCGCUCAGGGAAAUUCAAAUUAUUUACCUGUGCAGGAACAUGUUGCAUUUUUGUUUGACUUGAUGGAAAUGGCUUUGAAUAUUUAUGGACUUAUCGAUGUCUGCAUACAGAUAUUAAAAGAAUUACCGGAGGUAGAAUCUCAACUCCAAAGCAAAAACUCAGGCCUCGUCCGACAGUACACCACUUCCCUAAGUCUGUACGUCGUCGGCGUUUUGAGAAGAUACCAAUGCUGCUUACUUUUGUCUACCGAGCAGACAUCGGCAGUUUUCGAAGGCCUAUACAGAGUCGUCAAGCCGGUGACGAACUUUUCAUUUUUACCGAACGACUGCAGUUCGGCGGAAAGAUGCGUCCUGGCACAUUUGUACGAUUUGUACUCUUCGUGUUCGUUUUUGAAGUCGAAAGUGCAUUCCAUAGAACCUUUUGCAAAUGCUUACCCGAAAAUUCGACAAGCUUUGUAUGCAUCUUUGCAGCCGAUGCCUUCGAGCUAUGACCUAAAUCCGCAGUUUAUGAUGGACGUAUUGACGAAUCCUAGGAGAGGAGGUAAAAUCGAGCAAUCCUGGGCCCGACAACUAUCAGAGUCCGCCAGCAAUCGUUACUCCUUCGUGUGUAAUGCAAUUUUAUGUGUCUGCCGAGAAACCGACAACGACAGGCUAAAUGACAUAGCCAUCACCUGCGCCGAAUUGACUGCCUGCUGCAACACACUCGCAGCAGAAUGGUUGGCCGUGUUAAUGGCCUUGUGCUGCUCCGGAACUCAUAGCCAGAGCUUUUAUAUGGACGUCUUGGAUCAGGUCGAUGUACACGAUUUGGGAAUACAUAAUUCGUUGGCUGUUUUCACAUGCAUUUUAAUAGGUAAUAAUUGUAGAAUUUAUGUUGAAAGUUUAUGUGAAUAA